UUGCCAACCAUAAAGCAUUUGCUUCCUAUAAAUAUACAUUCCAUUGAUAGUCAUCCUGCAGUACCAAAAGUCUUGACGAGUUCUUCAAGUUCUACACAUACCUUUCUUCCAUCUAGUACUAGUAAAAUUAUCUCAAUUCACAAAACCAUGGGUUUCCGCUUGCUGAGAAUUGUUAAUGCUAAGCCGAGUCUAAAACGGACUCUUUCAUCCUCAGAGACCACAACGGUGCCCAAAGGCCACUUAGCUGUUUAUGUUGGAGAAGAUGAAAAGAAGAGAUUUAUUGUCCCAAUUUCAUUCCUGAAGCAUCCUUCCUUCCAAAAUUUAUUAAGUCAAGCUGAAGAAGAGUAUGGAUUUAAUCAUCCUAUGGGUGCUCUGACGAUUCCCUGCAGCGAAGAAGCUUUCAUUGGUCUCACUUGCAGUCUGCAAAGUUCAUGAGAGUUGACCUGAAAAUGGUUAACCAAGAGGAGA